AUUAAAUGUCGGUGAACUAGAUAAUUGAAUAGGUGCUGCAGAAUAUGAUCGAUACUGAGAAUACAGACUUCAGACUUUCAAAAUAAGGGAAUAUAUUGGAACUGAUAGAAAGAGACGAAUUGUUGGUAAUGGAACGGUUGUGGCCUCAGAGAAGAGUGAAUAUGGUAGAGUUUAUAAAGAUAAUGAUAUCAGUUGUGCAUCAUAAACAAUGUGAGUUAUUGUAUUUAGUGAUGGGUUUGAUUGAGUUGUUUAAAGACAUAGUGGCAGCUUGUCAAUAAAAUGAAUUGUCAUUAUCGGAUGUAACAAGUUAUGUAUGUUAAGUGGAACCAAUAACAAACAAUAUAGUACCUUAGAUGUUGAUACCUGAACCUAAGAAGUUUGAAUUGAAUAAGAGUAGAAUUCGAGACAUAGAUGUGGUAUAUAUAGAUUAUUAUUUAGAAUGCUCCUAGGAUCAUAGGAUAAGCAGAUGGAGAGAUUUGUCAUAUAGUGAAUGGAUCAUUGAUUAAUGAUGCAAUAAGACAUCAUAAUAAUAAUGUACAUACAGGAUAAGUAUGUAUGAAACAGAUUGUGACACUGGACAGUUUGGAUUCAAAACUUAACAUUUAUAAUUUGGAUGGUACUCUUAAGAAUUAGGUGAAAAUCAAUUAAAGUGAAGAUAAGGAGACUAUCAUUUUAAGUUUUGCAUGGUCAGAUAGAUAACAGAGAGUAUAAUUGAAAUAUUAAAUUAUAGAUUGGAUUAACACUAAAAUCUCAUUCUUUAUGUAUGUAUGAGAGUGAUUUUAAAACUUUCAGAAUAUUUCCUACUGUAUAUGCAUCCUAAGAUUAUCAAACUAAUAUAUGGUAUCUAGAGAAUUAGAAUAAAUGGAUUACAACUGAUGCCACUUUUAAAUUAUACGAAUGGGAUUUACAAACUGAAAAUGUCGCUAAUAUUUAUUCAACAAAUAAGAUAUCAGGUUGUAUAAUAGAUUGUGUAGAAGUAGUUCAUAUGAAAAUGAUUGCUACUGCUUCACUAGAUAAACAAGUUGUUGUAUGGGAUCUUAAUACUAAAGAUAUUAAAAUAGUUGUUUCACUCAAAGAACAUGGAGGUAUACAUAGUUUAAUCUAUUCCUAUUAUUAUUAAAUAUUCAUUACUUGUGGAUAUUCUACAUAUAUUAAUGUUUAUGAAAUCAAUCCUAAAUUUCAUGAUGUUACUAUGAUUGGUAAAUUAAGUGGACAUACAUCUAUGUUAACAUCUAUUUAAAUGAUUGGUAGAAGUCCUGUCUUAAUUUCAGGAGAUGAUGGAGGUACCUUGAGACUUUGGGAUAUUAGAACAUUCUCUUGUCUAUAAUCACUCAAUUUUGGAAGAAAAACUUAAAUCACUAAACUAUUAGAUCUAUCUGAUUAAUCUAUGAUUUGUUUCUUAGGAUCCAGAGUUAAUCUACUUAAAUUAGACAUCCGCAAAAAAGAUUAAUCUGAUAAUUAUGUUAUCAAAAUCGAUUUCGAUCCAUAAAGAGAUGAAUUAAUUGUUGCCUCUAAAAAAAACAUUAUUUUUAUGGAUAUUUAAACAGGAAGAAUGAAAAGAAUUCUUAAUGGAUUAUUGAAUGAAUUAGAAGAUGAAAUUACAUAAUUCAGACCACUUAAUUAUUAUAACAAAUUCAUUUUAUCUGAUUCUAAAGGUAAUCUUAAAAUCUAUUUUCAUACUGGAGAAUUCUUUGCACCACUUAAAGGACAUUCUGAUGUUUUGUAAUUGAAAUUAGAUAUACUCAAUAAACUUAUUAUCACAUCUGGUCAUGAUAGUGUUCAAAUACAAAAAAUGAAUGCUGAAAUCUUAAGAGAAAUUACACCUUUUAAAUCAUAACAUCUAGAAAUCUCUGUUCAUCAUUCUUUAUUAUUAGCAUCCUAUAUGAAUCAUCUCUAUAUCUUCGAUUACGAAUUUAUUAAAUGUUUAAGCUUUCUCGAAUUUGAUGGUGAUAUCACAUCCAUCAUCUUUAUUGCCAAUUAUCCUUUAUUUGCAGUUUCUACAAUAACUGGCAGACUUUACAUUAUGAAAUUUAUUGUAAAAGAUCACAUCGAAGUAAAAACAACUGUCCAUUAAAUCUAUGAAGUGGCAAAUUGUUCUAAUUAUGUUACAGAAGAAGGAGAAUAAGAAUUCAUUACUAAAAUUGUUUUAAGUGUUAAAGAAUUAGAAUUAGCUAUGGUCACAAGUGAAAAUAACAUCAUCAGAUUACAACUUAAUAUAUCAAUUGAACCAACUUAACCAGUACAUGAAAGAAUUAAUUAUAAUCCUCUUAGAAAAGCUAAAGAAUAAGUCUUAAUAACUGAUCCAAUUCAUAUUUCACCACCUCAAGGAAUUGAAAAACUCAAACACAUUAUUACUUUUAAUGCUUCCAAAAAAUAAAUUGUUAGUUUAUCCUAUUUACAAUUAGAUAACAGAUUUCUCUUAAUCACUUCUAUUGAUGGAAUCAUAAAAAUAUUUGAUUUAAAUGGAGAGUUAAUUGCUGCAUAUAAUAUCAAUCAUCCUUUACCAAUCAAAUGGGAUAUCAAAUAUACGAAGUAAUCUGAACUAAAAAAGAGAAUCAUUUAUGGAUUUAAAGUAAUUGAUAUCUUAAGAAAAUAAUCUAAAACUGAAAAAGAAGCUGAAAUUUAUAGUCUAACAGAUUCAUUAUCAGUUAAUAGAUAAAAUUCAUUAUCUUUAUAAAGUUUAAAUAAAAAACCAUUAGUAAUGAAAGAUGAAUUUAGUCCUAGAGAUUUAAAAUUUGAUAAAAUAAGACACUUGUAUUAAAAUGAAGUUUAAGGUCCUACCUUAAAAUAAAUGGAAGCUUAAAGAAGAUUACAAGAAGUUCAAAAUAUGUUCAAGAAUGAUAUCAGAGAUCCUAAAUUAGAUGAAGUGUUGAAAUUAAGAGAAAAAGAAAGGUAAAAAAAUUUAGAUAGAGCUGCAAAUCUAAAUUUCUUAGAUCCUGAAUUCAGAGACAAAAGUAUUUUUAAUUAAAAAUUGUUGAGUAAAAAUGAAUAUCUAAAAGAAUUUAAUACUAAACUUGAUAAUAAUGAUUAAUCCUCUAUCAUUCUAAGAUAAUACUAAUCUAAUCAAAAUUAAUAAUCCCAAGUUAACAUUUAAACUUAAAAUAAAAAGAAGUAGAACUCAUCAUCAGAUUUUUAUAAAUAUGCUGCUUAGAGACAUUUAUUAAAUGAAGCAAGCAUUUUGGAAUCUUUUACAUCUUAGAAUACUCAAUUUAAACCAAUCAAUAAAUAGUAAAUAAAUAUCUAAUCAACUUAAAUAUCAUAAUUAAAAUCUUUUGGAUCUUAGGAUUUGACAUGGCAUGGUCAACAUAGGAAAUAGUAAAAAGAUUUAUCGUAGGUUUUAACAAGUCUUAAUAUAAAACUAAGAUAAAGUAAGAAUUCUUUAGGAGGUGAGACAAUUUUGAGAGAUAUUACAAAAUCUGAUAUAACAUUUGAAGAUCAAUUAGAUGAAUUCACAAAGAAACAUAAGCUAAAAUGAUGCACA